AUGUCUCGAGCUUUCUCUACCGCUAUUCCGAACCUUGCCAAAUGGCUGGGGUACAAGAGGGAGUUGCUUCCUCCCGUGUUCGAGCGGGCCGCCGUGCGUUACGCAGAGAACGGUGCCGUGAAGAAAGUCGGGAAAAUCGAAUCUAUCGAGAUUUUGCAUCGCAAUGAUGGCAGUAGCCCCGUUCACCAGUCCAGCUACAACCCGGAUGAUAAGGAGCUGAUUCUCAGCGUCCGAAUCACCCCGGCCGACGGUAGUCGGGCUCGAACUCACCACAUUUACGCGGAUGGUACCGGCACCAUCAGGAAGGGCGACAAGCGCGAAUAUUCGACGUCCGCCAGGCAGGCAGCUUGA